CUUGUGAUGAGUGUGUGUGUGUGUGUGUGUGUGUGUGUGGGUGUGUCGCAGUCAGUAUCUUCAGCACUGUCAGCUUGUUCAGCACUAUGUGCUGCUGUUAGGAGCACUCAGGCACAGAAAUGGCACCGUUUGACUUGAAAGGUGUCUUCCUCUCUGCGUUUGAUUACAAGACAGAAAAAUACGUCAUCGCCAAAAACAAGAAAGUCGGCGUCCUCUAUCGACUCAUACAGCUCUCAAUAAUCGGUUAUAUCAUCGGGUGGGUGUUUGUGAUUAAGAAAGGCUAUCAGGAGACUGAAGAAUCUCUGCAGAGUUCAGUCAUAACUAAAGUGAAAGGGGUGACGUUCACGAACACGACAGGCUUCGGGCCCUGGCUUUGGGGUCCUGAAGAUUAUGUCACCCCUUACCAGGGUGAAGAUGUGCUCUUCAUAACCACAAAUUUUAUCACAACCCCAAACCAGAAAUUAGGAUAUUGUGCUGAGAGUGUUAAGGUGCUUGAUGGUCAUUGCCAUGCGAAUGAAGACUGCACAAAAGGAGACACUGUAAUAGCUGGCCAUGGAAUUAAGACAGGACGCUGCUUAAAGAAAGACAGGAACUCUACAGGUACCUGUGAAAUAUACGGCUGGUGCCCCAUUGAACGAAGCAGCCGACCAGAUGUGCCUUUGUUAGGAAAAGCUGAAAACUUCACCAUAUACAUAAAGAACUUCAUCAGAUUCCCCAAGUUUGACUUCUCAAAAUCAAAUGUUUUGGACACGUCAGAUGAUACAUAUCUGAAGAAAUGUUCAUAUGAUGAGCUCACUCAUUCUUACUGCCCCAUAUUUCGGUUCGGUGAUAUAGUCCGGAGAACUGGACAUAAUUUUCAAGACAUGGCCCUGCUGGGAGGAGCAAUAGGAAUCCUCAUAGAGUGGCACUGUGACCUGGAUAAAGGCUACUCAGCGUGCCACCCGCGCUACACUUUCACUCGACUGGAUGUGAAUGCUAUAGCCAAUGCAAUCUCAUCAGGGUACAACUUCAGAUAUGCACGGUAUUUCAAAAAUGCUGACGGAGAGACCCACAGGACACUUUUUAAGGUGUAUGGGAUUCGCUUUGACAUCCUGGUUCAUGGCAAGGCUGGAAAGUUUAAUAUAAUUCCUACAGUCAUAAACAUAGGCUCUGGUCUUGCAUUAAUGGGUGCUGGGGCAUUUUUCUGUGACAUGGUCCUUCUCUACAUGAUGAAGAAAAGCACCCUGUACAGGAGGAGGAAAUUUGAAACAGAUAAUAAGAAUGGAAAUAACAACAGAGAGAAUACAGACAUGUCAGAGAAUGCUGUGAAACAGCCAUCAGAGCUGGAGCAACUCGCAGACCCAACAUCAGUUCAACACACACCAGGAAUAACAUUUACCCAAAGGACAAAGGGACAAGUCAUGUGACUGACAAAUAAUACUGCUAACUGUACAGAAACUGUGACUUUUUUUUUUUAAGGACAACAGCCAUAAAAACCUGACUAUCCCAUACAGAAUGCAUCCUUUCCACUGACCAUCACUGCUCCAGGGAACUAGCUGUCCUUAAAGCAACUCGAGGGAUUUUUUGUGAUCACUAUGCAAAGUUAUUAGCCAUGCAGUAAUGUACUUACUUGAAGAUGGAAGCAAUAACACCUCAUGUGUAAUUUAAUACUGACCUUUUGAUGAUUCCAGGUAUUAUAGAUGAUUUCAUCAUCACUGUUAUUUAUGAAUACUGCACUGACACUUUCAAAUGCACUGUGAUGGAUUGUCUUUACCAAAUGUAUCACGAUAUUCAUAUGAACAUAUGAGUGGA